AUGAGACCAAAAUCCGACAUUCCAUUGCACCAUAGUAGUAGGAAGAGUGAUAGCCGCAGCCACAGCAGUAGUCAUUGCAGCAGGGCUUCUCCUUUGUCUGCACUGAUAGGAAGAAGAAGAGUAUCGUUUGCAUCAUGUCUAAUACUGCUAGCACUACUAGUAGUAGUAGCAGCUCCAGUAGUGGAGGCAUUGUCAUCAUCAACCGCGUCGGUGAUCACUGGAGCCAGUGGAUACGUGGGCCGAGCCGUAGCACAUGCAUUGAUCCAAAGGAACAUCCUCCCCGAAAGAAACGACAAUGACACAACCACGAUCCUCUGCUUGGUCAGACCGUCACGCGUCCAAGAGGAACAAGAGUACUGGAAGAAACAAGAAGAGGCCAACAACAAGUGUACUACUAAUACAGUAGUACUGGUACGUCCCUAUGACAUGCUGGAUGGAGGAACGUCGCUCCAGGAGGUUCUACUUGGUGAGCCGUGUGUGGCGUCGGCCGAUGGCGUGUGUGUCCAUCACGUUGCUUCCUGGUUCAGUCCCACCGACGAACACGUUCCAGCGGCACAAGGCAAUGUCAAGGGCACGGAGGAUCUUGUUCGUGUCUUGGCAGAAUUCAAAAACAGCCGAAUGAGCAAGAGCAACAACAGGAUCAAACUCAUUGUGACAUCGUCCAUGGCAGCGGUACGAGCCACGGGACAGGAACCGCAGAACCAACAGUUCUAUACGCACGAGGAUUGGAAUACUUUGUCCAAGUUGGGCGACAACAAUUGGGGUGCCAGUUAUCAAUGGUCCAAGGCUGAAUCGGAACGACGAGCGAAACAACUUUGUCAAGAGUUCCAGAUCCCCAUGGUAGCACUUUGUCCUUCUUUUGUCUUUGGGCCUCUGGCGGACACAGCCACAAGCAGCUCCUCCUUUUCCACACAACUCGUCGCGCAGUGGAUUCAAGGAUCCUCGCAAGUACAAAGUCGGCUCUUUGUCGACGUGCGGGAUAUCGCACAAGCGCACGUCCAAGCCGAGCAAGAAGACAUUGAAGGAAGGUACAUUGUAUCCACGGAACGACGCUUGUCGUCUGCGGUGGUAGCACGUAUUUUGGAGGAUGAGAGUCGUGCCUUGCAGUAUACCCCGCCAUCGCCCAUUUCGUACGAUGCCGCGUUUGACGGCGGAGCCAUUCCCAUUGGAGACAAGGAAGUCGAAGCCGAGCAACGACUGGUCGAGGAAUUGGGCAUCCAAGAGCUGCAGCCAGCCGAAGACACCAUUCGUGACAUGAGUAGGGUACUCAUUGGCAUGUUUCUUCAAAAGAAGAAGGAAGACUCAAAAAGGUAG